GGAUUUUCUGCUUUCGGCUAGUUUCAAAUUUAAAUUUUUUCCUUACGCUAUAAAUUCACUUUUGACUCAAUUUCACCACUGAUUUUGCACUAAAGUUUUUUCGUUCACUUUAAUAAAGAAAUAAAGUCAAUUUUUAAACGUUAAACUGAACAAAAACAACACGUUUUACUUGAUUCACAACCAGUAUUUCAAUUGCAAUUUUCUUAUUUUUUUAAAAUGACUUUUUAAAGGAAUUUUAAUCGACGUGAUAAGAUUGACGUGUUUAUUUGGAAUUUGCUCAACGACAACCGAAUGAUCAUGGGCUCAAUAAAGGAAACAUGACGUUACCUCCUCGUGACUGAGUUCCGAAGUAGAAGGUCGAUACACAGCUAAAGUCAAUAAUUUUUUGUCGGCAUUGCCCAGAAUCAAAUUUCUGGUUGAAUUUGAAUUAUUGAUUUAUGAGUUCAUUGUAGCAAGAUGGAAGACCUACAGAAAAGCCUCAGGGAGCUGGUCGGGAUUGAGAGCCUAGCCGAGGAGAUUUUACGUGACAAGGCCGAAGUCGUCAGUAUUGAUAAAAAGAGAAACAGCAAUCGUGAGGGAAUAAGGCAAUUGAUGAAAUCAAAUGAAAAAAAGACCUGGAUGACUCUCGGGCCCAUACUAGUUAAAAUGCCCUCUGAUAAAGUCAGAAACAUGCUAGAAAAAGACCAAAAAGUCCUUGACAUUGAGAUUAACAAGGUUAGAAGCGAUUUGAAAGUCAAAGUGAACAAACUGAGAGAUUUGGAGUACAAUGAUCCGCUCAAAGGGUUCGAUCUGAAACCGCUGAGCCGGCAAGAAAUGUCAGCAGUUGGUCAAGCUCUUGGUAGACAUUCAUAAACAAAUUAUGCAGUAAUUUAUAACUAUUUAUGUAUAUAUUUUUGUAUUGCUUGUGUAAAUAAAUUUGUUUAUUUAAAUAAA